AUGGACUGCCAUUUAUUCGUCUUGGUUCAUGGAUUAUGGGGAAACCCCAACCAUAUGACCACCAUCGAGACCGUGUUGAACGAUGUGCUUGAGUCCACUGAUUCCAAGGUGGCCAUCCUUAGACCUUCGAGUUUCAGGUUCUGGAAAACUUAUGAUGGUGUUAAGAUCUGUGCCGAAAGAGUACUUAUCGAGAUGUUCUACGAGAUCGAAACGUUAAAGAAGAACAAUCUCAAGGUUACUGAGAUCAGUUUCGUGGGGUACUCGUUUGGGGGGCUCAUCAGUCGAUACCUCAUUGGGAUCCUAGAGGAAAUUGGGUUCUUCCACGAAGUAAAGCCUGUGUUCUUUACCACCUUCGCCUCCCCUCAUGUGGGGGUGGAAUUCUUCAAGAAGAAUUUCUUCGAUUAUACCGCCAAUGCCAUUGGGGGGUACCUUUUCGGGCCCACAGGUCGUCAAUUGUUCAUUAAUGAUAGGGAUAAGAUCCUUGUUACUAUGGCUGACCCCAAGUCUCGGUACUUUAAAGGACUUAAACGGUUCGAGAAGUUGAUGCUUCUCGCCAAUGUCAAGAACGAUAGGUCGGUAUCGUUCUUCACGUCGUUCAUCACCGACUACUCGCCGUUUGAGAAGUUCGAUGUGGUGAAAAUCAAAUAUUUGAAGGAUUUGCCCGAAUCCAGUAUCGGGAAAGUCCAUGUCCGUGGUAAGUUCGUUGAUCUUAGACGGUCCCAUUACCAACUUGGUGGUAGUAAUGGUGGUAGUUUGAAUGUUCAGGAAGAAACCAGUUUCUUGAGAACCAGUAAAUUGUUCAGAGUGGGACUCAUCCUUCUCUCGGUAGUGAUUCUCCCUAUUUGGAUCCCUACCAUCCUUACCGUGACUUUCUUAACCUCAAUGUAUUCCAUGAUCAAAGUCAGAGUGUUGAGUUAUCCCUCUAUUGAACCUCAUUGGCAAAAAGUCCGUACCGGGGUGUACGGGUCUCAAGGUGUGGACGAUGAAGAUUUCAAGAUCGGGACCAAGAAGAGACAACAACGGAAGGAGAUUGACCGUAGUGAGAGUUUUAAGGGAGAUACGUCCAACUUGACGGAAAUGGGGAUGGAAAGUAUGCUUUAUGCUGACGAGAGAAUCCAUGGUGAUGGUCAUGUGGUGGGGGAGGAAGAUGUGGGGGAUGCUAAGGUGGAGGAUGAAACCAGUUCUUUAGUGAGUACCCAGAACUUCCAUUUCGACUUAGACCUCCAUAAAUCUUCAGUCAAGAAACACCUUCCUUCCCUUACCGAUACUGAUUACUCCCAGUUCCCGUUGUUCGUCAAAGGGGCCAAGUUACCGGUGAAUAAAGAUAAGAAGGCUAUCAUUGAGAACCUCAACCUGUUGGGGUGGAUCAAGAUUCCUAUCUUCCUUGAUGCCUGGAAUGCUCAUGAUGGGAUUGUAGCUAGACGAGGAGUCGUCAGUAAUCCUAAGGGAACGGCUUCUAUAGCUUUAUGGGCCAGUAUGUUGGUUGAACAUAUGGAGGGAGGUAGUGAGGCUCACUGA